CUAAACGUUAUUCUAAAGAACUUCAGGUUGAAAUUAAUGAAUCGACUGUUAGAUCAAUAAAAAAACAGUAUCUAAGGGAAAUACGGAAUUCCGAAGAUGGUAUAUGUACGUCUCUGCCACUUGCGUCACGGGGAAGACCCCCAGUCUUGGGGAAGUAUGACGAUGAAGUCAUUGACUAUAUCAAAAAGUUACGCAACGCUGGGUCAGUAGUUAAUAGACAUAUUUUAAUUGCGGGGGCUAAAGGAAUAGUUGAGUUCAAUGACCGCUCCUUACUGUCAGAAAAUGGAGGACCCAUUGCAUUGGAUCGAUCCUGGGCGGAAUCAUUUCUGAGACGACUGGGUUUUGUGAAACGAAAAGGGACAAAGGCAGCCAGAAAACUUCCCCUGGAUUUCGAGAACCAGAAGUUAGAGUUUGUUUUAUCUGUUAAGAAAAUUAGAUUGGAACAUAACAUUCCAGAAGAACUUGUCCUAAACUUUGAUCAAACGAACGUGUCAAUAAUCCCCUGCGGUAAUUGGACGAUGCACAGUGUCGGCGAUAAGCAAGUGGAGAUCGUAGGACCGGAGGACAAGAGACAGAUUACCGCUCUUCUCACAUGUUCGAUGUCUGGAAAAAUUCUUCCGCCUCAGCUAUUGUAUCAGGGUAAAACACUACAAUGUACCCCGACAUCUGUUCGUUUUCCACAGGGAUGGGAUAUUCAUUUUUCUGAGAACCAUUGGUCAAACGAAGAAACCAUGUGCCGAUUUGUUGACACCAUUCUUCUGCCCUACAUCAACAAGAUGCGCGAUUCCCUUGAUUUACCCUUAAAACAACCUGCCUUAUGCAUAUUUGAUGUGUUUGCUGCACACAGAACAGAAUCAUUUCUUAAAAAAUUAAAGAAAAACGGCAUUAUUGUGAAAUUCAUACCGGGUGGUUGUACUGGUGAAUUGCAACCGCUUGAUCUCUCCGGAAAUGCCCAGUUUAAAGACUUGGUAAAAAAACGAUUUGUGUCCUGGUAUGCUACAGAAAUAAAAAAAGAACUGAAAGCAGGAAAAAAGAUCGAUGAUAUCAAAGUUGACUUGAAACUCUCCUCGGUGAAAGUUCCCCAUGCAAACUGGGUCAUCGAUGCGCUCAAAGGACUUGAGAGUCAGCGAGACGUUAUCAGAAAUGGGUGGUAUAGAUCGGGCAUGUUGAGUGAUUAACAGAUUAAUGCAUUCUGAUCCUAUACUUCUGUGCCACAUUAAACGAGUGAUGUCUAACUUUUUUAUGCAUGUUUUUAAGAUGUCUUAUGCUUUUAUUUACCAUGUACACAUUCCUUAUAUUUACAUGUAAUUCUGAACAUGCUUAAUGAACAUGAUGAAGGUUUUAUUUAUCUGGACAAUUUUAAAGUUUGCAUGAAUAGUAAGUAUGCUGCUUUUUAACUAGUAGUAAAUUUUUAAAAUGUUUUAAAAUGAAAUAAAUGUUCUUGCGUUUUUUUUAAGUUUAUUUUUUCAUGCUUUGAAAACACCAUCGGGUUCGGUAAACAAAAAAAGGGCAGUAACCCAAUUAACAGAACAAUAUGGCUCCAAGUUUGGUUUGUUGCUCGUAACAUUGAAAAUUUCUGGAUGAGUAUCAAUGCCCCGAAAAAGAAUACAUAUCUUACAUAAAUCAAGGUAAAUUGUUAAUAUUCUGGAUAUAUUUUAAAAAUAACCACGUGCUGUUGAAUGUUGAUAAUUUACUGCUAGCCACAUCGAUGUAAAUCGUGUGGAAGAAAAAAAAAAUCACACAUAGACUUAAAGGACUGGUU